ACAUUUGUCUGAUGAACCAUUUGUGUUUGCAUAUCAAGCUGAGCAGGUGUUUUACGUACAAGACCUCAUCGAGAAGGAUUGGCAUGUUGUAGUGAGGACGAAACCUAGAGACUUAUUUGAGAUGCAUGGGCAAGAGUCUGCAGAUGAUGUUGAUACAUUCUUAAGCAUGUCGCCCUACGAUGAUCAAUGUUUGGAGGACCCGAGUGAUGACACUGUUAGCUGGGAAAGGACAGAUGUUGAUGGUACAACAGUUGUCACAUAUUUACCACCCACCCAGCCGAUGGUAGAAGAACAAAUAGAUGAUACUGAGUUAUCUGAUCCCAUUGGAGAUGACAUUUUGUACAAUAAUUGAUUUCUUAAGUACCAUAUUUUCCUAAUGUAUGAAAUAGAAAUUAAAAUGUCUUUUUUCAUAUGGUUCUGUUAUUUAUUUAUUCAAAAUUGAAUCGUCUUAUCAACAUGCAUCUGUUCACUAAUGUGACUCAGGUUCUUCUUAAGACAUGAAACGUGCUCGUUCUAAACGCAUGACUAGGCUACCGAUAAGCCUUAUGAUUGGUGGCAUCAAUCAGCCUCAGCUACCUGAGACUAAUGUGGGUCCCUCUCAGCCUCAGUUGCCCCAGCCUAUAGCGGGUCCCUCCCAGCAUCAGCCUUCCCCAGCUACAUCGGGUCCAGUCCAGCCUUUGUUGCCCGAGUCUACAGCGGGUCCUUCUCAUCCCCAGCUUCCCCUGCCUACGGCGGGUCUCUCCCAGAGUUUGCCUCAGGAUCCACACCAGACAAUUGAUUCAUUAGAGGAUACUUCUAGUGAUUUGUUGUUCACGAAGAGAAGGAGUCGAGGCCCCACACGAUGCCAUCAAGUUUGGAACAUGCGUGAAGGGCAACACAUUUUUAUUACCACCAACAAUCUAGGGCAGCCCGUUAAUGAAAAUGUUAGCAAGCUGACAAACUUUUUGGGGACAAUAGCACGUAAUGGGGAUUACGCACCCCUUACAUAUUCUAAUUGGAGGGUAGUACCAAACGAAAAGAAGGAUGAUAUGUACGAACUUGUCAUGUCCAAGUUUCAGUUUGACAAAGAGAUUAAAUCUUGGGUGUUGAUGUCGAUUGGAAAAAAAUGGAGGGACUGGAAGUGCGAACUGAAGAAAUUCCACUACUCGCCUCAUGAUAAUGAUGAGGCAUGGCUAGCAGACCUCAAUGAGCGUGUCCAUAUAGAUCAGUGGAAGGCCCUUAUUGAGUUUUGGAACUCUGAAGAGGGAAAGGCCCGUUAUAAGAUAAAUAUGGAAAAUCAGAGAAAACAACGCAUUGGCCACGUUGCAGGCACAAAGAGCUUUGCGCGAAUACGUGAAGAAGAGACACAAGAAUGGGAUGCCUGUGGAUGA